AACUUAACCUUGGUUCUUGUUCGCUUUUAAGUUUUACAUUUGCUGAAGAGGAUUUUUCUUCCGCUUCUCUCUCUUUAUAUAAUAAAAAAGGGAUUAAUUACAGAGGCUUUGCUUUGUUUUUCCCAAUCUAAAUAACUCGCGUCGAUUGUCCCCGCUUCGUAGUAUGAGCUGAUUUCUUGAAAUAUCCUGGCGCAAGUGACAUAGGGCGUUCAGUGAUGGCAACUGAUAUCGUGAAUAAUGAAGUUCCUGUGGGAGAGGAGGAGUUAGAGACUUUGAAUGGCAUUGAGAAAUUAGAGAUUUCAAAUGGCAACGAUGAUGUCUCUGAGAAUUCUUCAUCUACUCAAAAAGAUGAAGACGAGGAGACAGAAGUUGCAAAGAAGAAAAAGAAGAAAAAUAAAAGCAAGAAAAAGAAGGAGCCACUGAAGCAGACUGAUCCUCCUUCUAUUCCUGUUGUUGAUCUUUUCCCUUCUAGGGAGUUUCCUGAGGGUGAAAUUCAACAGUACAAAGAUGAUAAUUUGUGGAGGACUACCUCUGAGGAGAAGAGAGAAUUGGAGCGCCUUGAAAAGCCAAAAUAUAAUGCAGUCCGCCAAGCAGCUGAAGUUCAUCGUCAGGUUCGAAAAUAUAUCAAAAGCAUCUUGAAACCUGGAAUGUUAAUGACUGACCUGUGUGAGACCUUGGAGAACACAGUUCGCAAGCUAAUAGCAGAGAAUGGUUUACAAGCUGGGAUCGCAUUUCCUACUGGAUGCUCUUUGAACUGGGUUGCUGCUCACUGGACUCCCAAUUCUGGAGAUAAGACUGUGCUUCAGUAUGAUGAUGUGAUGAAGUUGGAUUUUGGAACUCAUAUUGAUGGAUAUAUAGUUGAUUGUGCCUUUACAGUGGCAUUUAAUCCUAUGUAUGAUCCGCUUCUUGAAGCUUCUCGUGAAGCAACCAAUACAGGCAUCAAGGAAGCUGGUAUUGAUGUCCGUCUUUGUGAUGUUGGUGCUGCAAUUCAAGAGGUGAUGGAAUCAUAUGAGGUUGAAAUAAAUGGGAAGGUGUUUCAAGUGAAAAGUAUACGAAACUUGAAUGGACACAGCAUUGGGCCCUAUCAGAUACAUGCUGGAAAAUCAGUUCCUAUUGUGAAAGGAGGGGAGCAAACAAAAAUGGAAGAGGGUGAAUUUUUUGCCAUUGAAACCUUUGCUUCUACAGGGAAAGGGUAUGUCAGAGAAGAUCUAGGGUGCAGUCAUUAUAUGAAAAAUUUUGAUGUGGGACACAUUCCACUGAGGUUGCCUAGAGCUAAGCAGCUGCUAGCCACAAUAAACAAGAACUUUUCUACAUUGGCUUUCUGUAGGCGGUAUUUAGAUCGCUUGGGAGAGACCAAAUAUCUGUUGGCACUAAAGAAUUUAUGUGAUGCUGGCAUUGUUCAGCCGUAUCCUCCUCUGUGCGAUGUUAAGGGCAGCUAUGUGUCUCAGUUUGAACAUACCAUCUUACUGCGGCCAACCUGCAAAGAAGUUAUAUCUAGAGGUGAUGACUAUUAA